AGUCAAAAUAUAAAACUUCAAAAAUGGGAAUGAUGUCGUCCAAUUUUAUAAUUUUGAUCCCAAUUUUACUUUCACUAAUUGGAAAUGUCAUCACACAAUUUAUAGGAUAUCCUUAUGACUAUAGCUCAAUGUAUUCCGGUUACUCUGGCUAUAACCCAAUGAUGUCAAUGUCGAAUACCAUGGGAUCUAUGGGAUCCAUGGGAUCUUUGGGUACUCUUGGAUCAAUGGGUUCUAUGGGAAUGAACACAAUGGGUAUGAAUACCGGAUUUGGAACUUUUGGAACAGGAAUGGAGAGUUUAUACGGAGGAGCAACACAACAAGCGUUCGGAGCAUAUAAUCCAUAUGGGAAUGGCUUGUUCAAUUUUGGAAGCAAUGGAAUGUUUGGUCAAAACGCAUUUGGUACUGGAUUCAACAAUAAUUUGUUCGGAGCAAGCACGAAUGGUCUUCUCGGAGGACAACAGCAGCAGCAACUAACCACCAACGCAUUUCAAAAUUCGCAGCCAAUGAGCUUAAACAACGGAAAUACAAUGAAAGCGUAUGGGAGAAGAACUCAAAACUUCAACAAUAAUAAUAAUAAUAUGAAUAACAAUCAAAAUCAUAAUUAUGCUCCGACAAGAGCUGGUCAAAAUGGAGGAUGCAAUGGAUUCGGUGGCGAUUGCCAACAAGGUUGGAACAAAAAGACAAAGAAAGUGUAGGGAUUAGCUCACAAGUAUCACAUUUAACAUCAGGAUCAUCAACUUUUGCUGCAUUUCUUAUAAUUUUUACACGUAUACUCUUUUGAUGUUUGCACAUUUGUACCUUGCACAUGUAUCUCAUGAAUAAAUUCACUGGAAUCGGAUUUGUAAA